AUGAAUACCGAAUCUUAUCGUCUCGUGAAACUCGCAAUCCAAGUGAUAUCUGUAAUUGCUUCCCUAUUAAUUAACUCCCUCUUAAUCACCCUCAUUAUCACAAAGUCUCCAAAAAAUAUGGGAAAUUACCGCCAUCUUAUGGUUUAUUUUUGCUGUUGUUCCAUGAUUUUUGGAAUUUUGGAUGUGAUUGUGCAGCCGAAUAUCCUAACCUACAAAAGUGCAUUUUUCAUGGUUGUGGAUAUGAAAAGAAGGAAUUUUGCGCCUUGGUUUGGGAAAUUUGCAGUUUAUGCGUUAUGUGGAAGUUUUGGAAUAGCAAUUUAUGGAAUUGCAAUUCAUUUUGUUUAUCGAUCUUUUGCUUUGGAGAGACAAGGCCGAAUUCGAUACUUUAAAGGCGCAUUUCUCAUUUUUUGGUUUUCGAUUCCUCUGGUGGGCGGAGCCGCGUGGUUCCUAGUGACCGCCUACGUUUUUCCAAAGACCAAAAUGGAAACAGAGUAUAUAAGAUCAAUAGUAAACGAAACGUUCAACAUGGAUAUUGACAAUUGUGCUUACAAUGCAGGCGUAUUUUUCCCUCUUGAUGAAAAUGGAAAACAAGUAAUUGGAUGGUGGUCGUUUGCCGGAUUUGCUGGAUAUUUAACAAUUAUGAUUAUUCCAUUUUCCAUUAUUUUGAGUUUUGGAUUCAAAAGUUGGAGAAUAGUUGGAGGGUUAUUGGAACAAGGAGAUUCAGAAUUUGCUAAGAAUUUGCAGUUGCAACUUUAUAAGGCAUUGGUGGCACAGACAAUUAUCCCUGUCAUCCUCCUGUUCAUCCCAUUUGGACUCCUAUUCACUCUUCCGAUUUUUGAAAUCGAUUGCCAAUUUUUGGCGGCUUUGAUUUUUGCAAUUUAUCCAGCUGUUGAUCCAUUGCCAAUACUAUAUUUUGUGGAUUAUUAUAGAAUUCCUGUAAUUGACUUCUUCAAAACCACCAAAUGUCGAGCGAAUCGAGUUGGAAUGGAUAGUAUUGGAUCUACAGUUAUUGAGUGA